CCAUUCCGCAAUUGGAAUUCUAGUGUCUUGGGUUGCGAUUCGAUUCAUUUACCGCUGCCCGCGUCUCCAAUUCGGUUGUGUGCGAUUCUGUCUGCUCCGCAUCCAAGUCAAACAUCCAAUCCUUGCAAGAAUGUCGAAGCCCAGCUACAAAGUCGCCGAUAUCAGUCUGGCGGAAUGGGGACGCAAGGCGAUCAUUAUUGCGGAGAACGAGAUGCCCGGUCUGAUGGCCUGCAGGAAGAAGUACGGCCCAUCUAAGCCCCUCAAGGGCGCCCGCAUCACCGGCUGCCUGCACAUGACCGUCCAGACCGCCGUGCUCAUCGAGACCCUCGUCGAACUGGGCGCUCAGGUCCAAUGGUCCAGCUGCAACAUCUUCAGCACCCAGGAUAAUGCUGCCGCGGCCAUCGCUGCCACCGGCGUGCCCGUGUACGCCUGGAAGGGUGAGACCGAUGAGGAGUACAUGUGGUGCAUCGAGCAGACCUUGGUCUUCCCCGACGGCCAGCCCCUGAACAUGAUCCUGGACGAUGGCGGCGAUCUGACCAACCUGGUGCACGAAAAGUUCCCCCAGUAUCUGAAAAACAUCAAGGGCCUCAGCGAGGAGACGACCACCGGUGUCCACAACCUGUACAAGAUGUUCAAGGAGGGUCGUCUUGGCGUACCGGCCAUCAAUGUCAACGAUUCGGUGACCAAGAGCAAGUUUGACAAUCUGUAUGGCUGCCGCGAGUCGCUGAUCGAUGGCAUCAAGCGGGCCACGGACGUCAUGAUCGCUGGAAAGGUCUGCUGCGUGGCCGGAUACGGUGAUGUGGGCAAGGGCUGUGCCCAGGCACUGAAAGGAUUCGGUGGUCGGGUGAUCGUCACCGAGGUCGAUCCCAUCAACGCCCUGCAGGCGGCGAUGGAGGGCUAUGAGGUUACCACCAUGGAGGAGGCCAGCAAGGAGGCUUCCAUCUUUGUGACCACCACCGGCUGCCGGGACAUCAUCACCAGCGUGCACUUGCAACAAAUGCCCGACGAUGCCAUCGUGUGCAACAUCGGCCACUUCGACAUCGAGAUCGACGUGGACUGGCUAAACGCCAAUGCCAAAGAAAAGGUGAACGUGAAGCCCCAAGUAGAUCGGUACACAAUGCAGAGUGGCAAGCACAUCAUCCUGCUGGCCGAGGGUCGUCUGGUGAACCUGGGCUGUGCCCACGGCCAUCCCAGCUUCGUGAUGUCCAACUCCUUCACCAACCAGGUGCUCGCCCAGAUCGAGCUGUGGACCAAGUCCGACAAGUACGCCGUCGGCGUGCAUGUCCUGCCCAAGAUCCUCGACGAAGAGGUGGCCAGUCUUCAUCUGGAGAAGCUGGGCGUAAAGCUGACCAAACUGACGGAGAAGCAGGCCACCUACUUGGGCGUCUCGCAGACCGGUCCCUUCAAGCCCGACCAUUACCGGUACUGAGCACCCGAUUCGCCAACCGGUUCCACACCCGAAUCCAUAACCGAAUCGGGACGCGGCGCCGGAGACGACGGACCCACACUAGUUAUCUAUUGUCUGCGCAUUUCACUGUUCACCUAAGCAGCUCCAAUAAAAACCCAUCUCACGUACUCUCAGCGAGAGAAAACCCCACAUAGCUCCAAUGUUUUUUCUUUCCCCUCUAAAUGGCGGAGCAUAUUGGUUUAGAAUAUUAGUUUUUGUACGGCAUUAAGUUUAUGGGUUUUAUACAAUUUAUUAAGCUUACAUAUAUUCAUAUUCAUACAUAUAUUCAUAAUACUAAUAAUGUUUUCGAAAUCGUGAAAAUGCUUUGUCAUUAUUUGUAAAGACGCUCAAAAACAUCUCCUUUUAUUUUGAAGCACGUGUUGACUAUCAAAAACAUACGAUGUGUGAAAGCAAUCUGAUUGUUGAAUUACAACUUGAAAAAAACAGUGACUCAACAAAUUAGGAUUUCUUUAAAUAAAUAAGAUCAAGGGCAAAACGAAACAUCUGGAAGAAAGUCAAAAUUCAUUAUCUACCAAAAGUUUUGGUCCAAAACACAAAUAUGUAAGCAAAUUCUAAGUGAUAAUGCGUGAAUGGAUUUUAUAUGCGGAAAAUGGCUUUAAGCCUUAUCUGCAACUAUUUAUAAACAAUGUUGUUAAGCGGAGGGAACUAAAU